UUGUUAGGACCUACAUCCGGGCACUUUAUGGAAUGUCCACUAGCAGUUCGACAAUCUUUCGAUACAUCUGCUGCAGAAACUUACGUGCUUGAACUUGCGGUGCCUCCAAGGGAAUUACUUGGCAGUGCUGCAUUGCAAGUGAUUGCUGUCGCCGGUUCAGACAAUGCAGUAAAGAUCUACUCUUGUGAUGACUUACAAACGAAAGCUCAGCUGAAAAACAAUACAAUCAGUCCUACAAACGUGGUGACAGGACUUCAGUUUGCACCUGAUAAUCCACAUAUUGUUUACUUUUCCUUAUUGGAUGGAUGUAUUCAGUGCUGGGAUAUGAGGUCAUCAAAACCAGUGCAGACGUACACGGUAUGA